AUGGCGUGCUACUACCUGGUGAUUAGCUCCACGCACCUCAGCAACGGACACCUCCGGAGUAUCAAGGGAGUUUUCCGGGGUCCGCUGUGCGCGAGCGGCGGCGCAGAAUCUCCGGACUAUGCUGAAAAGGAGAAAGCCAUAACUAAAGCUUUGGAGGACCUGAAGGCCAACUUCUAUUGUGAGCUUUGUGACAAACAGUACCACAAGCAUCAAGAGUUUGACAACCACAUCAAUUCAUAUGACCAUGCACACAAACAAAGACUGAAGGAGCUUAAGCAAAGAGAAUUUGCACGCAACGUCUCAUCUAAGAGCUGGAAGGAUGAAAGGAAGCAAGAGAAGGCACUGAAACGCCUCCAUCAAAUUGCCCUGCUCAAGCAGCAAAGGGAUGGUGACAAGGAAAAGAAGACAAAGUUAACAGUUGCAGCCCAAGACCAGCAGCAAGAGAAAAAAAUAAGACUCAAUGGCAGAGACAAAUCAGGAUCCAGGAACAUCCUAUGGCAAGAUCAGAAACACAGCUCUCCCUCCCCAGACUUAACAACCAAAAUCCCUCCAUCUGUGCCAGUGCUUACAAAUCAGUGUUCUCUUCGGGUUAAGUGUUCCUCACUGCUAUCUCAGACCCCAAAAGGUCAUGGGCAUGCUAAGACAGGGAUCUCAUUCUGUUUUUCCAAACGGGCUCACCUGAAGCUGGACUCCUGUGCAUCAGUGUUCACUGAUGGCAUGGAUGAAACUAGUGACCAGCAGGAAGUCCAGAGACAGCAGCAGAAGCUGGCUUUGCAGGGCUUCUUGUCCCAAUCUCCUUCACCCACACGAGAUAACCACCAUGUCCCUCUGGAUACAGUGCCACUGGACACUUCCCCACAGAGGGACCUACAAACAGAUCAGGAAGGUAGUCUGGAGAUGCAGGUGUUGUACUGCACCAUAGAGCCACAGAGGCAAAGUUGUCCUGAUAUACAUGGUCCAGACAUUGGGAGACAACCAGACAGUUCAAAAGAUAGGGCAGCAAAUAAUGGUCAAAAAUUCAGACAAGAAAGGGCCUAUGAGGGACUGAUGGAAAAAAGCAGCCUGAAGAACCCAGGCCCUCCUGCUCACAUAGACGAACAUAACAAUAUGGGUCCUGGCCAACUCAGUGCACAUCAGGACUCAAAACAAGACUUACAAAGAAGUGGCAAACAGGAUGAUUUAAUGACUGAAAACUGUUUAGCUGAUGGUGAUCUAAGCAGCAAAACUUUCUUAAAUGUGCUUGGAAAAGAUGGGACUAAGCUAAAAUGGCCAUGUGAGCUUGUGCAGUACACCUCAGAUGAACCCCGUGUGUCCUACAGCUGCAAUCCACUCUCCUUGAAUUUCAAAUGCACAGAAGGAAAAGAGAAAAGCACAGAGGCAGAGAAGACAGAUGUGUGCACCAUCUCAGAUCAACCCAACGGAGUUGAGGAGAAGACCUCAAAUAUUACAAAAGUUAACUUAGGCAUUUUAAAACCAAAGAAACACAAACAUCGACGGAAAGGAAGAAUUCGUAUAUGUAAAAUAAAUGCUGUUAGGAAAAACCACAUGGCCUGUGCACUCAAUGCCUUCUCCCAGUCACAUGAUGAAGGACAAUUUGAAUUCAACAGCACGCCAGGCAGCAAACUGCACAUCGAAGAGAAUUGCACUGAGAAGAGGCACAAACUCCAUAAUAGAAAGAAAUCACAGAAUAAAACACCACAACUAAACCUGAAAAGUAUCAUUGUAAAUGCUUUUUCUGCCCCACAACGCCGAAGAAGGAAGCGUCAAAGGUUGCCUUCUGCUCUUCGGCUGGCAAAGCGCAAGGCUUUUUUGCAUGCUUCCAUACAGUCACAAGUUGGGAGUGGAGAUAAUUACCAGUGCUGUGGCAACUUCUGCCACUCUAAUGCUAAUGUGGAUGCUAAUAUGACCCCACUCAAGUCCAGCUCAUGGGGUGUCUUAUCAGAAUUGAGACCUGAUGGGGAAUGGCCUGCUUGCCAAUGGGAAAGACACUGUAAUUCUUCUGCAUCAAAUUCUUAUCCUCAGAGGAGAGGAUAUAGCCAGCCUUGCUCUUACAUCAGAAAAUCAAGUUACAGCUUCCCAUGCUAUGGUUACAGACACAUGCCAGACAGCCCAGACAAAGAUGCUGAACCCCAAGAGGAAUACUGGGAUUACAGAGACUCAGAACUCUACAAGGAUAGGAAUUACUAUGGGGUUUGUGACAAACGCUGUAUUAUAAAGCAGAGAUAUGGCAUAAGAAAGCAUAAAAAACACCUCAGGGAGAACAGAUAUAGAGAUUUCCGUAAGCCUGCCACAAAAAGAAUUUGUUUUUAUAGAGUUUAUGAGGAUGGUGAUGAUCCGCAAGACACAGAACGAGAUUGGUGGUGUGAGAGAUCAAGCCCUGGUCCUAGGAGGCAUAAACGAAGAAACAGGUUCUGGUUAAGAUCAGUGGUGAGUCAUGAGAGGGGGAAUAGGCAGUCCAGCCCUAUGUUCAGGCAUAGCUCUGCUUCCUCGAAUACCACUACCGUUUCAGAUAUUGGUGGAGAUUGCAGUUCAUAUAUUAAGCAAUCCUAUUCUGGGCAGACUGAUUUAAAAUGGCAAGCAGAGAGAUCUGCCAGAACUAAGAAUUCUCAUUCAAGAGAACACACCCCAAGAGAAAAGAGUCCAUCACCAACAUCAACAUCUAUUGAUAGAUCAGAGGCAGUGCAAUCAGACACCCAACCUGUUAUUUCUGAUUUCAGAGGAAAGCUGGAACCUGAUGCACAAAAAUCCAAAUCCAGUGAUUUGACAAAGCAGAGCACAUCAACUGAUAAAAAAGUGGCAAAUAGCAGAAUGUGUACUCUUUCACUCCCCUUGAUUGGCAAACUUCCCUCAAUAAAGAAAGGAAUGAGACAGGCAGGAAUGCACAAAGACAAAGGUAACAGUAACAGUUGUGGUAGCGAACUAAAAACAUUUCUAAAUGAUAAAUCAAAACCUGAAUGCCAAGCAGUAUUUGAAACUGCACAUAUAGCCACACAAAAUUCAAACUCAUCACAAGCUUGUUCAGCUUUAACUGAUCAGAGAACUGCAGAACCUUGUGUAAGCUCAGAAACACAGAAAGAUAGGUCCAUGUCUCAUGAAAACUUAAUCAGAGUUCUGGGGAAGACAUCAGACAAAACCCCAAAUAAUCCGCCGAAGAGUUGCUCAAUCCCUUCCUUAACAGAGAAACCUAUAACAUUCACUGAAGAAGAGAUGGACAAGUACAGACUUCUUCAACUUCAGGCUCAGCAGCAUAUGCAGCAGAAAAAUCUCCAAGAGCAACAGGACAUGCCAAGAAGUUCAUUUGUUACUCAAAUGAACCAAUUGCCUAUUCCUGGUCCUGAGCUUUCAAAUCAGACUGUCUCAGCUCCCUGCCUUUCAUACACCAUACAUCAGCAUGGGGCACUUUCAGCUUUCUCUUCCUUCAUAUCCUGUCCUUCAGCCUGCUUGGCAUCCCGCAGUCCCCCAUCUGCCCACCCUUCUCUCCAUUCCACUCUCCCACAGCCCCACUUCACCCCUCUUCCAUUUCCUGCUGUGUUCUAUCAAGCUUCCCCAGUAAUGCUGGCAACACACCCUCUCCAUCUUAUUUCAGCAGCACCCCUCCACCAUGCACAUCCUCACUCUCAUAUUGCUAGCCUAACACUUCACCCUCCACCACCGACCUCAUUGCUCCCCUCUAUGCUUACCCCAGCAGCCAUGGUAGCUGGCCAGAGUCUGCAAAUCCACCCUACACCACAGCCUCUGUUCCCUCAUCAGGAUCUUCAACACCACCCUGGUAUGCCUCACUAG